GGUGACACUGAUUGGCAUUGAUAGGUGGCACUGACUGGCACUGAUGGGUGACAUUGAAAGGCAGCUCAGAUGGGCACUGAUAUGUGGCAUUGAUGUGCACUGGUAUGCACCGAUAUUUGGCAUUGAUGUGGCACUAAUGGACACUGGCACAUGGCACUGAUGAGCACUGACAGGUGGCACUUCUGGGGCCACACUGAUCUGGCUCUCCUCUCGAGCUAUCAGCAUGACAGCUCGAGAGGAGAGAAAUGCCGAAAACAGGCAUUUCCGUGUUUACAUGUGAUC